AUUAGUCUUUUUUUUUCAUGAUGUAGUGUCUAUGGUGAACCUAUUCCUGUGAAGGAACUUGCUGAACGUGUAGCAAGUUAUGUGCACUUAUGCACACUCUACUGGUGGCUCAGGCCCAUUUGGAUGUGGGGUAAUUCUUGGAGGUUAUGAUAGAGAGGGACCUCAAUUAUAUAUGGUUGAACCAUCUGGUAUCUCCUAUAGAAAUUGAAAAGUUGAAGCUCUCUGAAAUGACAUGCAGAGAGGGAGUUAUUGAAGUUGCCAAAAUCAUCUACAAGGUACCUGACGAGGCAAAGGACAAGGCCUUUGAAUUGGAUAUGAGUUGGGUCUGUGACGAGUCCAAGAAACAACAUGAAAAGGUGAUAUCUGAUACUCUUUUGGAAAAGCAUUUUCGUAACGUUUCCAUCUAAUCUAGAACAGUAGAGGUCCUAGUCCUACAGGAGAAAAGAGCUUUGGUUAAUUUGGGUGAAGCACGUUACUCUGUCUCCCCCCUUCUGGAUCCAGAGAAUAUUAGUCUUUUACUAAUACCUCUCGACGUGUAGUUACUUCAUUUUCGUCCUCGGUGCUCACAUCUUUUCAUAUGCAGAUAUUUCAACGUUGAACCUGUUUUCCCCCAUUUCUCUCUCUUUGCCCACGUUAUGUAUUAGAUUAGUUUGAAGUAUUGCUGUAAUUUUCAUUCCACUGUAUCUUUUCCUUUGGCAAUCUUUCAGGUUCCUGACGCACUGUUAGAGGAAGCGAAGGCUGCUGCGAGAGCUGCACUGGAAGAAAUGGAUGCUGAUUAAGUUUUACCGAGAGCUUGUAAUCCUCAUGUUUUGAUCUUCGAAUCUUCACAUAUUUCCCGUUGUCAAGAAGCUAAUGCUGAUGGUUUUAUGUGUGAAUGAAUUCAAUGCUCAAAC